ACUCUUUCUAUUUCAUUUCAAUUUAUUUUUUUAGGAAGUUAUGACAAAUUUUAAUACAACAAUGACAAUACUUAUACCAACAUUUCAGUUAAGCGUGGCCACCAACUAUUUAUCAUACCUCCAAAAAGAACAAACGUCAUUCUUUUAGCAUUUGGUUAACACCACUAUAAAUAUAAACCACACACUACACACACGCAUAAAAAAAUCACAUAGCCGACAAAGUUACAAAUAUAACCUCCUAUACUCUUCAUUCCUCUCAACGUCCCUAGCCACCCCCAACAACAUUAAAUACCACGCGCCGCCUUCUAUGGAGGUGCAAAAGCGUCACUUCGUCCUACUAACCUACCCUGUCCAAGGACACAUCAACCCGGCCCUCCAAUUCGCUAAGCGACUCUUACAGUCUGGGGCCGAUGUCACCUUCACUACCACUAUCUCUGGCCACCAAUACCUCAAGAAGGCCAUUGUUCCAAAGGGCAUAACCUUCACCACCUUUUCUGACGGAUACGACGACGGUUUCAAAGAAAUCGAUGGGGACUUCAUGAUCUACCUAAAGCAAUUCCGCCAACGCGGGGUUGAGACUUUGGCGGAGCUCUUCGAGAAGAGCGUUGCCGAGGGGAAACGAGUAACAUGUUUGGUAUACACACUUUUCCUACCUUGGGCCGCCGAGGUGGCGCGUGCAUGUCACGUGCCAUCCGCGCUCCUGUGGAUACAACCAGCCAUAGUUUUUGAUAUCUACUACUAUUAUUCUAAUGGGUAUCGUGAGGUUAUAAAUGAUUGUGAGAAAGACCCCUCAUGGUCGUUAGAAUUACCAAACAUGCCAUUUAAGCUCAAAGCCCGUGAACUCCCUUCAUUCCUUAUCCCUUCCAACAAUUUCCUUAACACCUUCGCACUUGUAUUCCAUGAACAUGUACAACAAUUAGAGAAAGAAGAAAAACCAAUAAUCCUAGUAAAUACCUUUGAAGCUUUAGAAGUUCAUGCUUUGAACUCUAUUGAGAGGUUAAACUUAAUUCCUGUAGGCCCCCUCCUUCCCUCCCCCGCCCUUGGUGGAAAGGACCCCUCCGACAAAUCUCUCGGAGGGGACCUCUUCCACCAAUAUGAGGGGGCGGAUUACAUGGAAUGGCUAAACUCUCAGGAAAAGAAUUCUUCAGUGAUUUACGUGUCAUUUGGAAGCAUUUCAGUGCUACCUAAGCCGCAAAUGGAGGAGUUAGCUAAAGCCCUGAUACAGACCCACAGACCGUUCUUGUGGGUCAUUAGGGAGAAGGCGAGCCAUGAAGUAGAAAAUCAUAACGACGAGUUGAGCUCCAUGGAGGAGCUCAAACAACAAGGGUUAGUAGUCCCUUGGUGCUCCCAAGUGGAAGUACUAUCCCACCCCUCAGUAGGGUGUUUUAUGACACACUGUGGUUGGAACUCGACUCUAGAAAGUAUAACAACAGGCGUUCCCAUGGUUGCGUUCCCACAAUGGGCAGAUCAAAUGAUGAAUGGUAAAAUGGUGGAGGAUGUAUGGAAGACUGGGGUUAGGGUCAAGGUGAGUGAAGAAGAAGGUGGUUUGGUUAAGAGUGAGGAGAUUAAGAGGUGUUUGGAGGAGGUUAUGGAGAGUGAGGAGAUGAGGGAUAAUGCUAAGAAAUGGAGGGAAUUCGCGGUUGAAGCUGCUAACGAGGGUGGAUCUUCUGAUAUAAACUUGAAGGCUUUCAUACAUGGAAAUCAAUAA